CCCCAGCCUCCCAGCCGCCGCUGCCUUCUCACCUGGACGCAGCACCACCGGGACCUACCUGCCUCUUUCUCUCUCUCCCCUCCCCUCUUUCUCUUUUUCUGCCUUAAAGAUCCGUUUCCCACCCCAACCCUGGUUCGCCUCCCCCCGGGUUCCUCGUCCUCCGGAGACGCGACGCCCCUUCCUUCCCCCUCCCCCCCUUUGUGCAGCCUCCUCUGGUCACCCUUCGGCGCUGCAGCGUUUGGGUGCUUUGCAUUCCUGCUCCGGGUCGGCCGCUUUCGUUUCCUCGCGUGCAGGGCUCGUGUCUGCAAACUCUUCGCGGGAGAGAGGCGCUUCGUGCCCCCGUCCCCACGAAACUCCGACUCGCUUCUCCUCUUCUGAUCUGGUUUCUUCUGUCUUUCUUUCCCUUCGCUUUGCGCUCGCUCCGCCGCCAGCAUGAGCAUGAACGGCGGGUCCCACUCCCGGAUCAACACCUUGGGCAGGAUGGUCCGCACCGAUUCCGGCACGGAUAUGCGCUACGAAAUGAACUCCCACAUGAUGAUGGGGGGCGGCGGAGGGGGUGGCGGCGGCGGCGGCGGCGGCUAUACCCACAAAAUACAUUACGCCCAGAAAAGCUACGGAGGGGACAUGACCUCGGACGGAUACGUUCAAAAUGGAACCGGCACCAUGUCCAGGCGUCAAAACACCAUCCAGGAACUGCUGCAGAAUUGUUCGGAUUGUCUGAUGCGUGCUGAACUCAUUGUGCAACCUGAACUGAAGUAUGGGGAUGGCAUCCAGAUUAGCAGAAACAGGGAGCUGGAGGAAUGCUUUGGGCAGGCAGAUGAACAAAUGGAAAUCCUCGAUGGGCUGAUCAGAGAGAUGAGGCAAAUGGGACAGCCUUGUGAACUCUACCAGAAAAGGUAUUACUAUUGUACUCAUUCUGUUUCUAUUGAUCUCCUAGAGAAAAUGAAAGCAGACCUUAGCAUGAAGAAAGCGCUGCUUGGCACCAUGGAAACGGAUCUUCAGAAGGUCCUGCAGCUUCAUUCCCAGUCUUCCCAGGUGUAUCCGCUCUACGACUUGGAUCUCGGAAAGUACUGUGAAAAAGUUGGUCAGCUGACGGACCGUUGCCAAAGAGUGGAGAAACAGAUAGAUGAUAGAACUUGGGAUUUAGAAAAACAGGUGAAACAGCUGAGAGCCUAUCGUGAUCUUUACCAAGCUCUCAGUAAAUGGAUCUGUGAUGCCAGGCGCCGGCAAGACACUAUUGAAACCAUGAAGCUUGGAGAUGUCAGCACGGUCAUGCGAUACAUGCAGGAACAGAAGGCCUUACACAGCGAAAUAACCGGCAAGCGGGACAAAGUGGAAGAUGUGGUCAAGAAUGCAGAGGUCUGCUCAGCGGCAAUCAAGGAUUAUGAACUCCAGGCUGCCUCCUAUUGUUCAGGACUGGAAACUUUACUGAACAUUCCAAUUAAGAGGAGUUUGGUCCAGUCUCCUUCUGGGAUAGUUCUGCAAGAGGCUGCAGAGAUUCAGUCUCGGUACAUUGAGCUUCUGACAAGAUCAGGAGACUAUUACAAGUUCCUGAGUGAAAUGCUGAAAAGCAUGGAGGAGUUAAAGAUGAAAAGCACCAAAAUAGAACUCUUGGAAGAAGAGCUCAGACUGGCCAGAGAUGCCAAUUCUGACAACAGCAAUAAGCACAAAUUCCUGGAGCAAAACCUACAGAAAUUCCAGGUGGAUUGUUCCCAGCUGAAAGCCAAACUCAUGAGUUUGGAAGAAUUGAAGAGACAAGCUGAAAUGGAUGGCAGUUCUACCAAGCAAAACCUGGACAAAUGCUAUUCUCAAAUCAAAGAUCUUAAUGAGAGGAUAACAAGGCUGACCUAUGAGAUUGAAGAUGAGAAGAGGAAAAGGAAGCUCCUGGAAGACAGAUAUGAGCAGCAGAGGUCCGACUUUGACCAGCUGCAGAAGACAAGGCAGAAUGAGAAGGAAACUCUGGGUCGGCAAAAGCUAGAAUCUGAGAAAGUCAUCAAGGAGAAAGAGUACGAGAUAGAAAGGUUAAGGGUCCUUCUCCAGGACGAGGGAUCACGGAAGAGGGAAUAUGAGAAUGAGCUGGCUAAGGUAAGAAACCAGUUUAAUGAGGAGAUGAGUAAUAUAAAGAACAAGUUUGAAACAGAGAUUAACAUUAAGAAGACCACAAUCCACCAGAUAGCAGUCCAGAAGGAGGAGGAUGCCAAGGGCCUCCGAGUCCAGAUUGAUAGACUGCAGAGGGAGAACAGAGACCUGAAGGAUGAGAUUGUCAGACUCAACGACGCCAUUUUGGAAACUACGGAACAGCGGAGGAGGGCAGAAGAAAAUGCUCUUCAGCAGAAAGCUUGUGGCACGGAGGUGGCCCAGCAUAAGCAACAGCUGGAGUUGGAGCUGAAGCAGAUCAUCCAACUGCGCAACGAGGACAAUUCAAGGUACAAGCAAGCGCUCGAAGAUGCCGCCAUGACCAUCCAGGACAAAACCAAGGAGCUUGAAAGAUUAAAGAUUCAGCUGCAGGAAGAGGCUAAAGGCCGAUGGGAACUUGAGAAUGAAUUGUCUAAGGUAAGGAACAGUUAUGAUGAGGAAAUGAUUAGUUUAAAGAACAAGUAUGAGACUGAGAUUACUAUUACAAAGACCACAAUAAAUCAGGUGUCCGUACAAAAGGAAGAGGAAGCCAGUAAUUAUCGAGCACAACUUGACAAUGUUGUGAGAGAAAAUAGGAGCUUGUGUGAGGAGAUUAGGAGGCUGAAGAACACGUUAAGUCAGACUACGGAAAACCUUAGAAAAGUAGAAGAAAGUGUCCAUCAACAAAAAUCAGUCAGCUCAGAGAUCUCCCAAAAGAAGCAGCACCUGGAGAUUGAGUUAAAACAGACUGUUCAAAAGUAUUCAGAAGAGACCAUACGGUAUAAGCAGUCACUGGAUGACAUGGGGAAAACAGUCAAGGAUAAAAACAAAGAGAUUGAAAAGCUGAGAAAGAUGUUAGAAGCGGAAACAAACCAGAGGAAAGCCAUGGAGGAAGAAAACAUCCGGUUGCAAAGAGUCCAGUUUGAUCUGGAGAAAGUCAACAUCAAUGCAACAGAGACCAUCAGCAGACUUAAAGUUCAAGAGCAGGAACUGGGUCGCCUCAAAAGUGAAUAUGAAAGAGUUUCACAAGAGAAAAAAGGGAAAGAUCAAGAAAACACCAGGCUCCAGAGCACAAUAAAAGAGCUGAAACACCAGAAGAGCAAACUGGAGGAGGAGCUAAGUAGGCAGUCUAGAGCCAUAACUGACGAGAUUUCCAAACGCAAGAAGGUAGAAGAGGAGUUAGAAGCGAUGAGACGGUCUUACAGAGAGCAAACUGUUAAAAUCACAAACCUCACUCAGCAGAUAGAGGAGGUCUCGAUCGUAAAGAAACGGAGCGAAGACGAUCUGAGGCACCAAAGAGAGGUGCUAGAUAGCCACAUGAGGGAUAAGCAGAGGCACAUGGAGGAGAUAAGGAAGUACACCUCAGAGAUUGAAGCCUUGCGCCGCCAGCUUGUCCAAGAGCAAGACAAUCUCAAACAGGCUCACAUCCGCAAUGAGCACUUGCAGAAGCUGAUUGAGGACAAGAGCAAGAGCCUCAAUGAGUGCAAGAUAGAAAUUGAGCGACUUCAGUCUCUUACUGAGAACCUGACCAAAGAACACUUGAUGUUAGAGGAGGAAUUGCGCAAUUUAAGAUUGGAGUACGAUGAGCUGAGAAGGGGCAGAAGUGAAGUGGAUGAGGAAAAAAAUGCCACAAUUAUUGAACUAAAGAGUCAACUACAAACAAGCAACAAGCAUACCCUGGAACUCCAGGGUGUGAUAAGUGGUUUGCAGAAAGAAAGGGAAAAUUUGAGACAGGAAAUUGAAAAAAUCCAAAAGCAGGCUUUGGAGUCAUCCCAUAGAAUUCAAGAGUCCAAAAACCAAUGUAAUCAUAUAAUGCAAGAGCGAGAAACGUUGAUGAUAAAACUAAAAACCCUGGAACAAGACAAGAGCCGGCUGGCGAGGCUGGAAGAAGAGAUGACUCGUACUAAAGGAACGCUGGAAUCAGAAUCUCGCUUGAAAAUGCGGCUAGAGAGUGAAAAGCAACAGAUCCUGAAUGACCUGAAUCAGUGGAAGAACCAAUAUUCCCGGAAAGAAGAGACAAUAAGGAAGAUCGAGUCUGAGCGUGAGAAGUGUGAGAGAGAGAAGAGCUCCUUGCUGCUGGAAAUUGAGAGGCUGCAGGCAGAGGUUAAGAGGACCGAAGAGCGGUAUCGGAGUAGGUUAGAGGAGACGAGCAGGAAGACCCAAUCCGAGAUGGAUGCCGAACGGCUGAAAUUGCAGAGGGAGAUUGAGAAGCUUAGGCAGCGCUCGUACGGGGCCCACAGGGGAACCCAGACGGAAGAGGACUUUGUUAUCGACCCAUCCAAAUUGCUUUUCAGUGGCCUUCGGAAAAAAGUAACCGCUGUCCAGUUGUAUGAAUGCCAGCUAAUCGACAAGAGCACCCUGGAUAAGCUGCUGAGGGGACAGAAGUCAGUGGAGGAGGUUGCUGCUGAUCUCGAACCAUUCCUUAAAGGAGCUGGGGCCAUAGCCGGAACCUCUCUCAGCCCCAAGGAGAAGUACUCUCUGGUGGAGGCAAAACGGAAGCAACUCCUGACACCAGAAAACACGGUCCUGCUUUUGGAAGCCCAAGCAGCCACUGGAGGCGUGAUUGACCCCCACCGGAACGAACUGUUGAGUGUAGACAGUGCCAUUGCUAGAGACCUGAUUGAUUUUGACGACAGGGAGCAAAUUUAUGCUGCUGAAAAAGCUGUCACUGGGUUUAGAGACCCAUUCUCAGGGAAAACAGUGCCUGUGUCAGAAGCCAUCAAGAAAAAUCUGAUUGACAGGGAGCAAGGAAUGCGUCUUCUUGAGGCCCAGUUGGCUGUGGGAGGGUUUGUUGACCCAAUCAAUAGUGUCUUCUUACCAAAAGAUAUUGCAUUAAACCGUGGGCUGAUUGAUCGAGAGUUGUACAGAGUUUUGAAUGCUCAGAGUUCAGCAAAGCACUUCAUUGAUCCCACCACUAAGAAGGCCAUAAGUUACCUGCAGCUGAGGGACAAAUGUAGAAUUGAACCACACACUGGUUUACUCCUGCUCCCUGUGCAGAAGAGGAGCAUGUCAUUCCAAGGGAUCCGGCACCAGGUCACAAUUACCGAAUUAGUUGACUCUGGCAUCAUUCGGGAAUCAACAGCAAAUGAUCUUGAAACGGGAGUCAUCACAGUUGAAGAAGUCACUGACCGAAUUAAAGAUUUCCUGCAGGGCUCCAGCUGCAUAGCUGGCAUUUAUAAUGAGGCUACCAGAGAGAAGCUGGGUGUUUAUCAGGCUAUGAAGAUAGGUUUGGUUAGACCAGGGACUGCUCUUGAGCUUCUGGAAGCCCAGGCAGCCACUGGAUUCAUUGUGGAUCCCGUGAGCAAUUCACGGCUUACAGUGGAAGAGGCUUACAAGAGAGGCCUGGUCGGAAUAGAGUUUAAAGAGAAACUUCUGUCGGCUGAAAGAGCAGUCACUGGAUACAAAGAUCCAGAAACGGGAAAUAUCAUCUCCUUGUUCCAGGCAAUGAAUAAAGAACUCAUUGAGAAAGGUCACGGCAUCCGAUUGCUGGAAGCCCAGAUAGCCACUGGUGGGAUCAUUGACCCCAAGGAAAGUCAUCGUUUACCAGUCCAAACAGCAUACCAACGUGGGUUUUUCAAUGAAGAACUGAAUGAAAUUCUCUUGGAUCCCAGUGACGAUACCAAAGGGUUCUUUGACCCCAACACAGAAGAAAACUUGACUUAUCUGCAGUUAAAGGAAAGAUGUAUAACCGAUGAAGCAACUGGGCUUUGCCUUCUACCCCUGAGAGAGAGAAAGAAAGCGAUACAAACUUCUCAAAAGAAUACACUUCGGAAACGCAGGGUUGUCAUUGUAGAUCCAGAUACAAAUAAGGAAAUGUCUGUCCAACAGGCGUACAAUAAAGGCCUCAUAGAUUAUGACACUUACAUGGAGCUGUCUGACCAGGAAUGUGAAUGGGAAGAAAUAACAAUCACAGGAUCAGAUGGAAGCACAAGAGUAGUCCUUGUUGACAGAAAAACUGGCAACCAGUAUGACAUUCAGGAUGCCCUUGACAAAGGCCAUGUUGACAGGAAAUUUUUUGACCAAUACCGUUCUGGAUCAUUAAGCCUCACCCAAUUUGCUGACAUGAUUGCCAGCCGAAAUAGUGGUGAUGAAGUCUUCAGGCAUGAGUCUGUCAGCAGGUCUCCCACAGCCGUAAGUGUCAGAAGCUCCUCCACGAUAUUGAAGAGUGGCUCCUUUUCCGAUUCCCAGGAGGAAACAACUCCCAUUGCAGCCAUAUUUGACACUGAAAACUUGGAGAAAAUUUCCAUUUCGGAAGCGAUCCAGCGGGGCAUCGUUGACAGCAUCACUGCUCAGCGUCUCCUUGAAGCACAAGCCUGCACGGGAGGCAUCGUGUGCCCAACCACAGGUCAGAGGCUUACCCUUCAGGAUGCAGUCACUCAAGGCGUCAUCGACCAUGAGAUGGCCACGCGGUUGAAGCCAGCUCAGAAGGCCUUCAUAGGGUUCGAAGGCAUCAAGGGUCGGAAGCGAAUGUCAGCAGCAGAGGCAGUGAGGGAAAAAUGGUUGCCUUACGAGGCCGGUCAACGUUUCCUUGAGUUUCAGUUUAUCACUGGAGGCCUUAUUGAUCCCGAUGUACGUGGACGAAUAAGUACUGAAGAGGCCAUCAGAAAAGGAUUCAUUGAUGGCCGAACCUCCCAUAGACUACAAGACACCAGCAGCUAUGCAAAGAUUUUGACCUGUCCGAAAACAAAGCUGAAGAUCUCCUACAAAGAAGCGAUGGAUCGGUCCAUGGUUGAGGACAAAACUGGCCUUAGGUUGUUAGAAGCAUCUUCUGUUUCAUCCAAGGGCAUUUCCAGCCCAUAUAAUGUCUCCUCGGCACCAGGCUCCCGCUCCGGCUCCCGCUCCGGCUCCCGCAGUGGAUCAAGGAGGGGAAGUUUUGACGCAGCCACAAAUACUUCAUAUUCUUAUUCUUAUACAACCAUCAGCAGCAGCAGCUCCCUGGGGCGCUAGAAAGUAAACCAGCAGGCUUAUUUACAUCUGCAGGAAUCUCUUUUUGUUUUUAAGCAAGAAAAUUAGCAUGCAAAACCAAACAAAAAAAGGAACUGGUUGAUGGUAAACGUAGUGCUGGCUUGGGUGGAAUAGCUAAGCUGCCAAAUAGAAACUUAACCCAGAUGCAAGCUACCCAAAAUCCUUGCUGUUUUUUUCCCCAUGUUUUUAAAACCAUCUACUGUUUUGGGUGCCAACUUGUAAAGCAAUGGUGAUAUAAAGCAAAAAAAAAAAGUAGUAUCUUUAAUGCCUUUUAUUCCUUUCCUAUUGCUCUUUGGGUAUGCUGUCCAUUUCCUUCCAUUGGCCAUGCCGUAUUGCAAACUGUUAGCCCAAGUUGUAUGUCGAUUCUGUAUCAUUGUGGGUUUAGCACAGAUGUUGCGGUGAAUAAUAAUGAAGAUUUGUUAUUUGCGCUGCAGUUGUCCUGAGCUGUGUCCUUAGCUAUCACUUGAUGGCUGAGGGAGGAUGUAGUGGAAUGUGCUUUUCUGUUGGAGUGGCCAAUCGUUUCUAUCCGUUUUUGCUUGCUUAUUCUUUGUGAAACAAAGUACAGGCCUGACAGCAUAACAUUUAUUAUUCUGGCAAUAAAAUUUGAAACCUCCUUUGA